CUUGCUGGCGGAUGCCGCUGUAUUUCUUCCGGUUGACUCAGAUUCGUUCACGAUGGCUGCAGCUAUGGAUGUUGAUACGCCGAGCGGCACCAACAGCGGAGCCAGCAAGAAGAGGUUUGAGGUCAAGAAGUGGAAUGCUGUUGCACUCUGGGCCUGGGACAUUGUCGUGGAUAACUGUGCCAUCUGUAGGAACCACAUCAUGGAUCUCUGCAUAGAGUGCCAGGCCAAUCAAGCUUCUGCCACCUCUGAAGAAUGCACUGUGGCCUGGGGUGUGUGCAAUCAUGCUUUCCAUUUCCACUGUAUCUCUCGCUGGCUCAAAACCAGACAGGUGUGUCCCCUGGACAACAGGGAGUGGGAGUUUCAGAAAUACGGCCAUUAGGUCCAUCACUGUCCACAGAUUCUUGGCUUCUCUACUCCCCAGCUCUUACAGUACUGGUUGUUUUACGCCCACGUCUUUGUUUUGUUCAUAUGUCAGUACAUAAAUAAACUGAAAUGUUGUCACAAAC